UUAAUAUUAAUAUUUUUUUUUUACUUGAGAUUAUAUUGUUGCUAUUGUGAUUAUAAAAUUAAUUUUUUUAAAUCAUAUCUUGAACAGAAUAUAUAUAUACUUGUUGAGUAUUCAAAGGCAUACAUGAGUAGGCAGAUGAGAGGUAUGACUAUGUCACAUCGUUUCGUUCUCGUUUCACGCCGGAACGACGUCAUAUUUUUGCGCAAGAUGAUGCAUCAACGUCAAUUGAAAAAAUCACCAACAAAUUAUGGCUCAAAUUUGUGCCAUACAAAAAUAGAUAAUAUUGAAAAAUCAAAUAUACGUUCACGUGUAUUAUCAAAUAGAACAACAUCAACAACAUUGCCAUCAACAUCACCAUCAUCAUCAUCAAGAUCAUCAUCAAGAUCAACAUUAUUUAUAUCAUCAUUAUCAUUAAAUAGAUUGUCAUCAUCAACACUAUUAUUAUCAGUACUAGCAUGGUCUGUAACGCUUUUAUUGAUAUCAUCAUGUAUUGGAUUUGCUGAUGCUGCUGUAUUAUAUGGACAUCCAUUGGGAAAACGUUCAUUUUCAACAUUACAAUGUAAAGGAGUUUAUGACAAAAGUAUAUUUGCAAGACUUGAUAGAAUUUGUGAAGAUUGUUAUAAUCUUUUUAGAGAACCACAGCUUCAUACAUUAUGCAGAAAAGAGUGCUUUAGCAGUAAAUAUUUUAAUGGCUGCCUUCAAUCUCUGCUGCUCGAUGAAGAGAAAGAUAAAUACCGAGAAAUGGCGGACUACCUCGGCCGCAAGUAAACGGAAGAUACUUAUGAAAGCAACAAUAUACAAAAAUUUUAAAAAAAUUAAAAAUCACACAACAUAAAUAAAUAGUUAAAAUAGAAUAAUAAAAAAAACUAAAAAAUAAUUUAAAAAAAAAACUAAAAAAUAAAAAACUAAAAAAAUUAAAAUACGCUGGUUCACGAGAGAUCAAAAGAUUUAUCGUAAUUCACUGGAUCAUAGUUAAUUAAAAUUUCGAAUCAAAUAAUCAUAAAUUAUUUAUCAAAAAGUAAAAAAAUAAAAAAAAGUAGUUUCAUUAAAAAUGGAAUAUUUUUUAAGUACAAAUUUCAAAUUUUUGUGACAAAAAAUCAGUUAUUAUUUUUAGUAUCUGAAUAAUUUCGGCAAAGAAAAAGUACAUUUUUAUUAUUCGAAUUAACGAUAGUAUUUUGUGUCAAUCGUGUUACUAGUGGACUUAAACGAUUGCGGUAUCGAGGGCCAUACAUUACAAAUUCUAGUCGACAAAAUAUAACAGUGCGUUAAAAAAAAAAAACGCAUGUGCGUUUAAUACGUAAAAUAAACAUUAAAAAAAAAAUAAUAAAAAUGAUUAAGAUUUCAAAAAUAAAAAUAACAGAAAACAGAAAAAAAUAAUUAUAACAUUUUAAAUAAUAAUUAAAAAAUUGAUUUUAAAUAUUUACACGAAAAAAAAAUUUUACAAAAACAAAAACACGUCAUAUGCACUAAUUAAUAAUUAUUUGCGAAAAAAAAAAAUUAAAAAAAUAUUUAAUUCGAAAAAAGCUUGACAUUUUGGACAUGAAAAAUCAGUAUGAAAUAAUAGAGUUUAAAAAAAAGUUAAAUUAAUUUAAAAAAAAUUAAUUAAUAAAAUAUAUAGAAAAAAUUUUAAUUAAAAAAUUAAACAAAUUAAUUAUAUUUUUUAAUUAACAAAAAAACCCAGUGAAUUUUUUUUUUUACAAUAUUUUUUAUUUUAAUUAAAAAAUAGUGCAAAUGACAAAUUAAAAAAAAAUUUUAAAUAAUUUUUAAAUUACAUUUUUUCGAGUAUUACAAUAUUGUUAAUGUUUUUUUUUUUAAAUGUAUUAUUAAUUAUUAUGCUUAAUUUUAUAUUAGAUAGCUGAUAAUAUUAUUGUAUUAUUGUUGUUAUUAUUGACAGUAUGAUUAGCAAGAGCAAGAAUUAAAUUAAUGAAAAUUAAUGAAUGAAAGAAUGCAAAUAAAAAAAAAAAGGAAAAACGAAUUCACAUGGAGUAUAAAGCCAGAUGAUGUUUGUAUUUACGAUUAGUAUUUAUUUAUUAUUUUACACGUUUUAACGCUGAGCGAAUUUUUUUUUUUUAUAAUCAAAUUCUCAACAAUAGAUUUCCUAGAUAAUAAUGACGAUGAUACUGAUGAUGAUUAUUUUUAUUUUUUUAAAAAUAAAUUAACGAUCGCGGGUGAUCGAAAUAACAUUCCAAAAUCAGUAUUUAUAUAUUUCAAUUUCUUCUACAUUGUUUUUUCUUACAUAUUAUUUUUUUUUUUUUUAAUUUUUUUUUCUCAUUUUAUUUGUAUAUUGAUUAAUUUGCCUUUCACUAGUCUUGAUAUACUAUUCCGGAGUUUCGAUUAU